AUAUGGGCCGAGUUUUGAUUCGGUAUUCUUAUUCAAGGUUUCUCUUCUUCGUUCUCCUUGUUGUUGUUACUGGUGCAAGCGCAGCAAAGGUAGUGUUAAGGUUUGUUGUUGUUCUUCUUGUCAACAAUCAUUCAUCAUCAUGGGUCGUAUGCACAGCAAAGGUAAGGGUAUUUCAAGUUCAGCUCCUCCUUAUAAGAGAACACCAGCAAGUUGGAAUAAGAUCUCCACUCAGGAUGUUGAUGACACCAUCUGCAAGUUUGCCAAGAAAGGUCUAACUCCAUCUCAAAUCGGUGUCAUUCUUCGUGACUCCCAUGGAAUUGCUCAAGUCAAGAGUGUAACUGGAAGCAAGAUUUUGCGUAUAUUGAAGGCUCAUGGACUUGCUCCUGAAAUUCCUGAAGAUUUGUAUCACCUGAUCAAGAAGGCUGUCUCAAUUAGGAAGCAUUUGGAGAGGAACAGGAAGGACAAGGAUUCUAAAUUCAGGUUGAUUUUGGUAGAGAGCAGGAUCCACCGCCUUGCUCGUUACUACAAGAAGACAAAGAAGCUUCCACCAGUAUGGAAAUAUGAAUCAACAACUGCCAGCACCCUUGUGGCUUAAAAGAGAUGUUCAGCGAUAUAGUUACGUUGUUGGUGUACUUCUUUUCGUAAGCAAAUGAAUUGCGUUCAUGUGAUUUUCAAAUUUUGAAACAUUUAAAGUUAAUGUUUAGACCCUUGUGAUGUUAGUUUUGAAUUUGGAUCUUGUUCCUUUUAUUAAUUGAUAUACAAUGCUUUCUCUCUUA